AGUUCUCGCGUUGACCAAAGAAAAGCUAUUUAAUACAAAGUAGAUCGGAUUCCAAGGGACCGUUGGCGCGGCGGCAUUUUCGACAUUGCCUCAGAUCCAUCAAAAUAAUCGAAUUUGAACAUCUAGUCAUAAAGUUCAAAAGCCGUAAAUUUCUGUUCACCGAAUUACUUUUCACAUCAAAAUGAGCGUCAAGAACCAAAACAUGCCUCUUGCUACUUCUGCUGCUGCCGCACCAGGCCUCCUUACCCAAGUGGGUAUGGCAGGAACCUCUGCUGUGAUCACGGUACGUGGAAACAACACUUCGCUGCCGAUGAUUGACGAUCGUUCUUCAUCUGAAUGCUUUUCACGAAUGUCGCUCGAUACAAACUGACCAGUGUUGUUCUCUUAAUUUCAACUGCACUCAUUAACGAAUGGAAUUUUCUAUAGGUGUCCUUCAUCCAUCCUAUUGAUGUUGUCAAAACCCGUAUCCAAGUUUCGGCGGAAUACUCUGCGCUUGGUAUGGGUGGAACAGUGAAAAAGGUCAUGUCCGACGAGGGCGUCAUUGCACUGUGGAAGGGAGUGAACGCAGCAUGGCUUCGUGAAGCUUCUUAUACUUCUCUUCGUCUUGGUCUCUACGAACCUACCAAGGUACUGUUCGGGGCCAACGGAUCUGACGCUCCUUUUUACAAGAAGUUCGCAGCUGGUAGUGCUGCCGGUGCUAUCGGAAGUCUGGCCGGAAACCCUUUCGACGUUCUCAAAACGAAGAUGAUGACGGCUGGCGGAAAAGAAGUUCCAUCGAUCACAAAAACUGCAGGAGAUCUCAUGGCCAACCAAGGAAUUGGAGGAUUCUACCGUGGAAUUGAUUCGAACAUCGCCCGUGCCAUGGUUUUGAAUGGAACUAAGAUGGCGUGCUACGAUCAAACCAAGGAAAUUGUAGCUUCAACUACCGGUAUGUCCAAGAAGGCUCUCCCUACUCAGUUUUUGUCUGCUGUUGCCGCCGGAUUUUUCAUGACAUGUACGGUGUCUCCCUUCGACAUGGUCCGCACGCGAUUAAUGAACCAACCGGCUGAUGCCAAAAUUUACAGCAACGCCUUUGACUGUGCUAUGAAGAUUGCCACACAGGAGGGACCUCUUACUUUCUGGCGUGGAUUCAUGCCUAUCUGGUCUCGAUUCGCUCCUACCACUACUCUUCAACUUGUGAUUUUCGAACAAUUGCGUGGAAUUAUGGGAAUGAAAGCUCUUUAAAAAUAUUCAUGAUGCAGAUAUAUUUGAUAGACUGAGGCGAGAAUCAUUUCAACGGAAAUGGCUAGAAAAAUAAAUUGUUUUAAUGUAUCAACUGUUACUAUUACCACAUUCUUGAUUAUGUACAACAAAUGGAUCUAAAACAA